AACAAUGGCUAAAACCAUUGAAUUUUCAUUAUUAAUCUACUUUCUAUGUAUUGGUUUAAUGUGCUUGAAAUACAUGCAUAUUCAAAAUGGUUGAUAAGUCGCAAUAUUUUUGCACCUUCUCCGCCGCCACCAAGAAGGGAAGAACAAUAAUAUGGACUCCCCAGCCAGCCUUGUUUGUUUCAUUUAAUGCAAACUUAAUAGCUAACCAUCUUCCUGAACCAACUUUGCCUUCUUUUCCAUCACAAUAUUAACACCACAUAACAACACUCAUCCUCCACAUUUCGUCACACACCCUUUUUAGCUACCAGCAAUUACAUCUCCGCUAGAAAUGACGACCUCCUUCGCCGUGAGGCUCCCUUCAUACCGGAGGCUGAAGCAGCGCCACGACGACGAAGAUAAUGGGUCUGAGGAGGAUGGUUACUACGACUUCGAGAAGGAGAGGGUGGUGGUCGCGAAGCCGAGGAGUAGUUAUACUAGCAGCAGUAUGAUCAGUUGGUACAAGCUCAAGUCUAAGCUGGCGCCGAGUGUAGGCCUGAGGAGGAGGAGGCUGAGGGUGAGGAGGAGAGUGGUAAGCUUGAGUAGGUUGUUGUUGCUGAGGAGGAAGCUCAAAUUGGCUUACCGUCAUCUCAGAGUUUUGUGCCGGAAAGUGGUCAAGAGAUUCAAGGACGGGCAGUCUCAUCUUGGCGAUCUGUUUGCCGGGAACUAUAUGUUCUUGCAGAUCGCUCCCUCGUCGUUGAAGUGCCUUGAAAACCGCCGGAGCUAUCUCACCGGAGCAGUUGGGGGUCAGAAGCAACACCACCACCUCCACCACCUUCAGCUUCAGAGCUUCCCUAAUUCGAGGACAACAGGGAUGGGAUAUACCUUCCCCAGAAACUAAUUAUCAUCGUUAGUAUCUUUAUUUUCGUCGAAAUCAAAGUGCUUCUGCUUUGUUGAGUAGCUCUUUUGUCUGAAGCAUAGCCAAACCUUAAGGUGCUGUGUUUGCUUCUUGUAGAAAAGUGCUUGUAACAACUCGGAAAGCAUUAUUAACUCUUUGUUUAAGAAAUUAAGUUUUAGCAUUACAUCA